AAACCAAGGCUUGAUCUACCCAAAAGCCCCGGUGGUCCGAACGUGGUGUACGGAGGAUGAGACCCGGCCCGUUACGGCUAUGAUGCCCAGGCUGACAGCCGCGAGGGAGAGUCAGUCCGGCCCUCACCCAGCCGGACUCGACGCGUUUAAAAUAGCCUGAGCCGGGGUGGUGGGAAUGGAGGGGUUCGUUCAGCCUCGAACACCGCGCAGCAGCGCCUUCGCUACCCGCGCAACAAAGCAUUGUAAACAAGGAAGCGUAUGCAUCAAACAGCGAAGGUGUCUCCAAGCAAGGCAUCCGUGAACGCAUUUGGGACUAUAUGGAAUCACAUGAUUUAGCUGACUUCCCCCGACCUGUGCAUCACAGGAUUCCGAACUUUAAGGGGUCCUACCUGGCUUGCCAAAGCAUCAAAGACCUGGACGUCUUUGCUGGGACACAGGAAGUGAAAGUGGACCCUGAUAAGCCCCUGGAAGGUGUCCGGUUGCUGGCACUGCAGAGCAAAAAGACACUGCUGGUCCCAACUCCACGACUGAGGACAGGGCUGUUUAAUAAGAUCACACCACCUCCUGGAGCCACUAAAGAUGUACUGAGGAAAUGUGCCACCUCCCAGGGUGUGCGGAACUUCAGUGUCCCCGUGGGCUUGGACUCCAGUGUCCUCGUGGACUUAAUUGUGGUGGGAUCAGUUGCUGUGUCUGAGAAAGGCUGGAGAAUUGGGAAGGGAGAAGGCUAUGCGGAUCUUGAGUAUGCCAUGAUGGUGUCGAUGGGAGCUGUCCACAAGGGGACUCCGGUCGUCACCAUUGUCCAUGACUGCCAGGUCGUUGACAUUCCUGAGGCUCUUCUAGAGGACCACGAUCUCACAGUUGACUACAUCAUCACUCCGACCAGGGUCAUUGCUACAGGCUGUGCACGCCCAAAGCCAACAGGGAUCAUCUGGUCCAAGGUCAGUUGUGAGAUGCUUACGAAAAUCCCAGUGCUCAGGAUCCUCCGUGAGCAAGAGAGGCGGGCCGGAAAGGAUGUCGCUCUUCAGUCUGAGCCUGGCAGCCAGCACCCAGCUUCAAGCACCAUGAGGAGACCCGGGGAUGUACCGCAGUCACAAGCAGCUUCCCUAGGAGGGUCCCAUAGCCCCUUGCACAGGGUGGACACCCAACCAGCUGCCACUGUGUACGUGGGAAACCUGCCCUCCAAUGCUCGUGUGCGUGAACUGAAGAGUGCCCUCCAGGAGCUGGGGGCAGUGCCCCUGAGGCUUACCUGGCAGGGGCCACAGCACAGGGCCGUUCUACACUAUGCUGACUCAGCUGCUGCCCAGCAGGCUGCCUUCCGCCUUCAGGGCCUACAUCUAGGUGCCAACACCUUGAGGGUGGCACUGGGGCAGCAGAGGGAUACGUGACCUGGUGAGCAGCCCCCAACAGAAGAGCUGUGCCCUCUCUUGUUGGAAUGACUCUGACGUGUGAUAGUUUGCUAUUGAUGGGGGCCUGCUGCCGUGUGAGGCAGAUGCUCUGUUCCUCCUGGGAAGAGGCCACACUUUCCUAAUGUGUAGGGAUGUGUGGCGAGCAGCACAUCACAACUCUCGGGAGACCACGAACUCUGACUCGUUCUGCCCAUUCCAGUUCUGGUUCUGUUUGUGACGUCCAUGUGAUAUGCUCUCUGGGUGCAGAAGGUCUAGGGACAAAAGGUAGAGAAUGGAGACCCGAUUUAGGAUAGGAGAGAAAGUUAACACAGACCCACAGAGAAGAGGCCAGGGCAGGGAUCGAGGGCAGGCAGCAGAGCCGCAGUCCAGCAGAACAGGGGUGGGUAAGGGGCUCUGCACCUGGAGAACGGGAACCCCACUUGUGCAUGUGUGUGAUGUCUACCCAGGCGGCACAGCUUAACUCCACAGGCUCAGGGCCUCACUAUCGCUCAGUGGGAAUGAGGGGGGUGGCAGCUGCCUGUGCUUUCCAAGGUACAGUACUUGUGCCGUUGAUCCUAGGCAAAAAGUCAAAAUAAGCAUUUAUCAAAUGUGCAUGCUUGAGAAGUUUCUCGUUUUUACCAGUGGGUCUUCCACAGUGUCCAUUAACAUUGUCCUUUGCCCCAGAAGGGCAGGCCUAGAAAAAAUACCUUGUGACACACAACUCCUUGCAGGGACCUAGCCAUAGUCACUCAGUGCUAGUUCAGAAUCCACCCCUUCCAAGUUGUCCCAGGCCCUAUGAAGAGUGGACGUAGGAAGCAGGCCUUGAGCUGCGCUGACCUCCGGCCUUGCACUUGCUGGCCUGGCCUUCCCUCCGCUCCUCCCCAGCACAGCCGUUCGCCAUCCCAUCCAUUCCCCACUCUGCUUUUCCCAGAGCUCUGCCUGCAUUCGGAUCCUCGCCUGCCCUUGUGUCCCUUCUUACCACUGAUGUCCCCCACGGGACAGUGGCUGCAGGUUAGCAGCCUGGAGCUUUUUCCCAGACCAGCAGGGCAUGAGUGACUCAGGAAAUCUCAUGUUCUGUGGGCUGUCCAUCAGAGCUGGGAAAUGGGAAGAUGUCCCUCACCCCAAAACCAGCCACGCCUGACUUCAGUCACUCAGGUCACCCCGAUGGUGUGGGCCUCUUGUCACUUGUGGCCAGAAUAAUCCAGAUGUGUUGACACAAUCUGAGCCACUUGUGUCUUUGUGUAAAGUGGUAUCAGCAUUGAAGCCCCAAUGCCCUCAGUCUCAGCCACGGCGGUGGAUGCUGCAGGCCGUAGCCUUUCUCAGGAUACCUUUCAGUCUGGUUCCCCAGAUGGCUGGUGGACCACGCUGACAAAGUCAUUGCACUCUUUGUCACUGUGAUUGUAUGGCACAUACUAAACAGCGGGCAGAACUCUUGUCGGGUGCUGAGGUGGCAAAGAUGCUGUGAGUGUUGCUGCAUGUGUCUUCAUCUGAACUUCAUGACUGGCACUAAAUAGAACAUAAAACAGAGA